AAAGGAGGAAAUAUUGAUGUGCACCCAUCAGAAAAAGCACUCAUUGUUCAAUAUGAAGUGGAAGCUACAAUUCUUGGAGAGAUGGGUGAUCCCAUGUUGGGAGAACGAAAAGAAUGCCAAAAAAUCAUUCGUCUUAAGAGUCUCAAUGCCAACACAGAUAUAACUUCUCUGGCACGGAAGGUAGUUGAAGAGUGUAAACUUAUUCAUCCCUCAAAACUAAAUGAGGUUGAGCAACUGUUGUAUUAUCUACAAAAUCGCCGAGAUGCAUUGUCAGGAAAAGAAAAAAAGGAAAAACCUAGCAAACCUAAAGAUCCACCUCCUUUUGAAGGAAUGGAGAUUGAUGAAGUUGCUAACAUUAAUGACAUGGAUGAAUAUAUUGAAUUACUAUAUGAAGAUAUUCCUGACAAGGUUCGAGGUUCUGCUUUGAUCCUGCAACUUGCUCGAAAUCCUGAUAACUUGGAAGAACUACUGUUGAAUGAAACUGCCCUUGGUGCAUUAGCAAGGGUCCUGAGAGAAGACUGGAAGCAAAGUGUUGAGUUAGCUACAAAUAUUAUUUACAUCUUUUUUUGCUUUUCCAGCUUUUCUCAGUUUCAUGGACUUAUCACUCAUUAUAAAAUAGGAGCUUUGUGUAUGAAUAUCAUUGAUCAUGAGUUAAAAAGACAUGAGCUUUGGCAAGAAGAACUUUCUAAGAAGAAAAAAGCUGUUGAUGAAGAUCUUGAAAACCAAACCUUGAGAAAGGAUUAUGAAAAAACAUUUAAAAAAUACCAGGGACUUGUGGUAAAACAGGAACAGCUUUUACGAGUUGCUCUUUAUUUACUUCUGAAUCUUGCUGAAGACACUCGUACAGAACUAAAGAUGAGAAACAAAAACAUAGUUCACAUGCUGGUGAAGGCUCUGGAUCGGGACAAUUUUGAGCUGCUUAUUUUAGUUGUGUCAUUCUUGAAGAAACUCAGCAUUUUCAUGGAGAAUAAAAAUGACAUGGUGGAAAUGGAUAUUGUUGAAAAACUGGUAAAAAUGAUACCUUGUGAGCAUGAAGAUCUUCUGAAUAUCACCCUCCGGCUUUUACUGAAUCUUUCCUUUGACACAGGACUAAGAAAUAAGAUGGUACAAGUUGGACUGCUGCCCAAACUCACUGCGCUUUUAGCAAAUGAAAACUACAAACAAAUAGCAAUGUGCAUUCUGUACCACAUAAGCAUGGAUGACCGCUUUAAAUCAAUGUUUGCAUAUACUGAUUGUAUACCACAGUUAAUGAAGAUGCUUUUUGAAUGUUCAGAUGAACGAAUUGACUUGGAACUCAUUUCUUUCUGCAUUAAUCUUGCUGCUAACAAGAGAAAUGUACAGCUUAUCUGUGAAGGAAAUGGCCUUAAGAUGCUCAUGAAGAGGGCUCUCAAAUUCAAGGAUCCAUUGCUGAUGAAAAUGAUUAGGAACAUUUCACAGCAUGAUGGACCAACAAAAAAUUUAUUUAUUGAUUAUGUUGGAGACCUUGCAGCCCAGAUCUCUAAUGAUGAAGAAGAAGAGUUUGUGAUAGAAUGUUUAGGAACUCUUGCAAAUCUGACCAUCCCAGACUUAGACUGGGAAUUAGUUCUUAAAGAAUACAAGUUGGUCCCAUAUCUCAAGGAUAAGCUAAAGCCAGCUCUUUUUCCCCUUUCAGCUCAACAAGAAGAUGAUGAAUUUGUGUGUCAGAUAAUUUAUGUCUUCUAUCAAAUGGUCUUCCACCAAGCCACAAGAGAUGUCAUAAUCAAAGAAACACAAGCUCCAGCAUAUCUCAUAGAUCUGAUGCAUGAUAAAAACAACGAAAUCCGAAAGGUCUGUGAUAAUACCUUAGAUAUUAUAGCGGAAUAUGAUGAAGAAUGGGCUAAGAAAAUUCAGAGUGAGAAGUUUCGCUGGCAUAACUCUCAGUGGCUGGAGAUGGUAGAGAGUCGUCAGAUGGAUGAGAGUGAACAGUACCUAUAUGGUGAUGAUCGGAUUGAGCCAUAUAUACAUGAAGGAGAUAUCCUCGAAAGGCCUGACCUUUUCUACAACUCAGAUGGAUUAAUUGCCUCUGAAGGAGCCAUAAGUCCAGAAUUCUUCAAUGAUUUUCACCUUCAAAAUGGCGAUCAUCCAUUUCCUGGCAGCCUUGGAAUGGAUGGCUUUGGCCAGCCGGUUGGCAUUCUUGGACGCCCUGCCACAGCGUAUGGAUUCCGCCCUGAUGAACCUUAUUACUACAGCUACGGAUCACGAUAA